AUCCUACUUUGUAUCAAAUUUUAGUGAAGGUUAUUUAGAAAAAUAAGGCAAUAUUCAGAUGCCUUAUAAACCAUGCUUCAAUUUCUUUCUUAUUUUUUUCUUUUUUGUUUUGAUAAAAUUCUUUUUUCUUUUCUCACAAACCGAGUUUGAGUUUGGGAAACUGGCGAAGGGACUGCUGCUCUGCUUCUCCACCCUCCUGAGCUAGGCCAAUUCCAAUCCCAUCUCACAAAACCUUCAGGCCCAACCUCCUAAACUCCCUCCUUGGAACCUUCGCUAUUGAACUCUUUGAAACAGUUAUUUUGGAUCAUACGAUUCACUGAAUGUGCGGGAGUUGCGGUGAUUUGGUUGUUCUGCUGAUCAUCGGUUCGGAAAAAUGCCUGAGAGAGAUUUGGUUGUUGGAAGCAAUCUCAAUCAUUUCGGCGAUGCUACGGGAUGGGCAAGUGGCGUCUGGUGAUUCGGCUGCGAGCAUGUGCCUCCUUGGGGGUGUUGAGGUGUGUGCACUCAAUACUUGAUUAAGAGUUGCAUUGGCGUUGAUUUCUUGGUGGAUAAUGCUCUGGUUAAUCUUGAUACCAAGUGUGGAGAUGUGUGUCUGUCUUGUAAGGUGUUCAGUAGGAUUUCCAAAAGGAUUUGGUGUCUUGGAGGAUUAGGUUGGAUGGAGAUCCAUUUAUCUGGAUUGUGCAAUUAAUGCAGAGCUCUUUGGGAAUUGGAUUCCUGUUUAUUUCUAAAAGCUACUGAAGAUUCACUAUCAUAUAGAUUGUUUAGAUCGAGAACAAUAUGACCUUUAAAGGAUCUUAUUAGCUGUACAGAAGCAAUGAAUAUCCAACCAGGAAUUGUUCUAGAACUACAACUAGUUCAGAACCUCCUGAGUGUUUACAACAAUAUUUUGUGUCAGGUAACACAUGCUACUCUUUUGAUCUGCACAAAUGGGCCUUGCCUAUGUCUUUCCCAUUAUUUCCCAUUCUUUGUCAUCAUUUUGCAAGGGAAUGUCAUUGGUGCGUACUGUUGUCCACAGCCUUUUCUUUGGCCACACAGGGAGAGGAUUAUAUCAAUGGUUCAAGCCAGUCUACAUGUCCAAGAGUCACAUCUUAACGAGAUUCUGGAUUGUUCCUUCAAUUAUUGGGUUCCAAUUGUUAAUCCUUUUUCUUCUCUUUCCAGGAGGAAUGAUCAGGGAAAGGAAACAGGCAAUGCUUAUUGUUUCUUGAUUAUCCAACAAGUAGAAACAACGGGUAACUCAAUAAAGGAUGAACAGCUGGAUAUAAUUCGUUCGACACAGAAUGCAAGAACUGAGGUGUAAGAGGAUAUUCUUUGAGACAAACAAAGAGGUGGGCUUACAAGGCUCUUGAUGACAAAUCGGCACUCAAUUGGAAUUGCUUCCAGAUAGAGGGAAAAUUGGUGAAUGGGAAGAUGAUUUCUUAGUGUUGCAAGUUGUAAGUUCAAAAAAUGUAUGGCUAGUGUUGAAAGAGGCUUAAACAUCACUGUAUCGCCAUGCAUGGCUACGAUGGAGCAUGCUUAACCAUUGAGUUUACAGAGUUUAGAAGCUUAUAUGAGAACAAAGUUUUCAGUUAAAGUUUUAAGAAGUUAUCCCUUUGCCAUUCCAGCCA